AAACCUUAGUCAGAGGAAGUGACGGUUUUGACCAGAUGAGAUAUUGGGCUGGUUACCUUAGUAACUAACCAGCUGCAAAAAACACACACUCACACUCAAGUAGUGAGAGCAGGAGACAGCAUGGAAGAGCUCGAUUUGCUGUUGGAGGAGCUGGCCCUGAAUUCAGCGGGUUCAGAGAGUGUCGAUGAGAACAGGAGGAGCAAUGAUCCAGCUGAUGGCGAGGUGCCAGGUGCAGUUUGUGUUGGACUUACCAAGAAAGGAAAAAGUGCAGUCAACUCAAAUGUCUACAGUGAUCUGCCAGCUCCUGUAGCAGUUUCCGCUCACCCCAGCUCACCCACUAAGGAGCUGGACUCCAUCUUGCAGGAUCUAAUGGGUCUGGGAGAAGACGUCAGUACAGUGUCUAUUUCGGAUCCAGUGUCUUCAACGACCCCACCACCACUUACACAAAAGAAGUCUGUGAAAAGCAAAACAGAAGGUGGGCGACAGGAGAACAAGGAGAGCAGCACAGCAGGUUCAGAUGCAAAGGCCUCGACCACGAGCAAGAAAACAGACACUAUAGAUGACCUGCUGGGAGGGCUGAGCUCUGACUUGGAGAAGAUUGGCGUACGCACCAUUAACAAGGGCCACUGUGCUUCCUGCAACAAAUGCAUUGUGGGAAAGAUGAUCACAGCGCUGGGUGAAGUGUGGCACCCUGAACACUUUGUGUGUGUGGUAUGUAAGACAGAGUUGAGCACCACAGGCUUCUUUGAGAGAGAGGGGCGGCCAUACUGUGACAAAGACUACCAUCAGCUCUUCUCUCCUCGUUGUGCUUAUUGCAAGGGACCCAUUGUGCAGAACAUCCUGACAGCUCUGGACCAGACCUGGCACCCCGAGCACUUCUUCUGUACACAUUGUGGAGGACGGUUUGGACCUGAAGGUUUCCUAGAAAAGGACGGGAAGCCAUAUUGUUGCAGGGACUUCUACCACCUCUUUGCUCCCAAGUGCUCAGGCUGUGGGGAGUCAGUGAGGGAGAACUACCUGACUGCAGCCAAUGGCACCUGGCAUCCAGAGUGCUUCGUCUGCGCAGACUGUCUGAAGCCCUUCACUAAUGGCUGUUUCAUGGAGUUGGAUGGUCGACCCCUCUGUGCCGUGCAUUUCCACUCCCGGCAGGGCACUCUGUGCGGUGGCUGUGGUGAGCCCAUCACAGGCCGCUGCAUCUCUGCUCUCAAUCGCAAGUUUCACCCUGAGCACUUUGUGUGUGCCUUCUGUCUGCGGCAGCUCACCCAGGGAAUCUUCAAGGAGGAGAAAGGGAAGCCAUACUGCUUGGCUUGCUUUGACAAACUCUUUGUGUGAGACAUACAGUACAUAACGUACAAAUAAUGCAACAGAAAACAAUCAAAUACCGCGUCACUGUCAAAUGAAGUUUCUUGUCACUGUCGCCAAAUUCUUGCUCAUGGUGGGAUUUUUUAGACCUGCUCUAUAGGAAAAGUGCAAUGAGAUAACUUCUGUUAUGAAUUGGCUCUAUAUAAAUAAAACUGAACUGAAUUCAAUUGAAUUGUUGAGAUUAUAAUUUCCCCAUAGUAUGAAUGAUAAAUUAAAAUGAGGCAACUACACUUUUCUUACGUUAGAAUACAUUACAUUACAAGACUAUGUUUGCAUUGGUACAGAUGAGCAAUAAACGUUUCACUAUUUCAGUACUUCAUGGCAAACUGAGGUACCUGACAUUUUAAGUGAUUUUGGAAACCAAUAUGAUGAAUUACAAAGUAAGAGUGCGUAACAUGAAUUGUGACAUAAAUUAUUAAUAGAUUAUGUAAAAAUAUCAAGAGAAAAAAUGCUAACUUUGUAACAUAAUUAAUGACAUGGUUGUAAAACACAAGGAAAACACCUUUUUCCCACGAUAAAAACAUUGAACAAACUUUUUACAUAUGUGAGCUUUGGAUGGUUCUAAAAGGUGUGUUGCUGACACAUGAGCUAAAUUAUAUGGGAUUUCAUAUAUCAUGAUCACAUAAAAUAUAUAAAUGGAGAAAGAAAAACACAGAGGUGCAGUUUUAAUCCGUGGUUUCCAUUAAGCUAUCCUCAGUUUGCCAUAAGACUUGGCAGUCCAGAGAUACUCUCUGGCAGUAUGGAGCAGUUUGUCAGGAGCUUGUCUAUGUGGCCUGAUAGCUUGUAUUGGCAGUGACUGGCAUUGAAUCGGCGUGCCAACCUGAGUUUCCUCUUACUCUGAUUUACCAUUUGGCCUCUGGCAUGCAUUGGAUUCAAACAACCUCUUCAUUCUCCACACAGGCUCCUUUAUACGCCUAUGGAAGAUUAAUGAAGGUGGUGAUGUGAACAAAGGUGGUUUCAGAAGGAGCUCCUUCACAUCACUGCAUCUCUUCAGCAACUCACUUUGACUGUUGAGGGAUGAAUCAGCCACAACGUUUUUAGAGUAAAUUUGUUUUUGGUGAUGUACCUAGCGUGACAUUUUUGUUUUUGUUUACUCCCACUGAUAACUAAUAGUGUGGAUGAUAUGUCAAGGUGCGAUAUUUGCAGCACAGUUAAGGUGUAGAGGAAAUGUUUCAUCUAUUCAAAUGUGAGAUUUUGUUGUCAGAAUCAUGUGCAGAAUCUGCCCUUUCUCUGGGGUGAAAAUGAUUCUGCCAUCUACUGUAUUAAAUCUUUAACUGAAGCAGAGCUAUGCAUAAUUUAACAAAAUUCACAUUAACCUCUUCAUAUAUAUAUAUAUAUAUAUAAAUACUCUCGUUUUGCUUGUCUUAUAUGUGAUUUUACAGCAAGAUAUCUUGUUAGUGAUUUUUCGGCAGCCGGAUUUCAAAUAUCUGACAUCUGCAUGUCCUUGAACACAUCAUAAAGCAUAAUGGAAUAAUUAAAGCUAUGGUAUAGGAAAUCUCUAACUGAAGUAAACAAGGCUGAUUGAGGGAUAGUGGGUACACCAGUAAAUUAAACCAUACCAUACCAAACACCAUAACCUUUGAAAUAAUAAAAGUAACCAAACUUUAUAUAUUUUCUCAGUAUCCAACUCUGUAGAAUACUGAGUUCAGAAUUCUUGCCAUGUCAAACUGUAUCUUAUCAAACAUUGUCUUAUCUUCACAUGAACACUUGUUACUUUUGGUUGGCCCUGUAGGAAACUUUCUUCAGCUUUUCUUCAAGCCACUUAGACCUGCUGUGUGAAGUUAGUGUGUGAGUGGGAAGGGAGGUGGGCAUUAAUCAUGCUGUCAUCACUGUCAGACCAGGCCUCUCGUAGCCUCCACAGAAUAGGGACCUUGCAUCAUGGAAGAAAUGUGAAUGUAUGUUUGGUCAAAAAGCCAAGAACGUAAGUGUUUAAUGCUCUAAAAGCCUUGUGCCCAGAUUCCUACUGAACUAAUACACAUACUGUAAUGUUAAAUGUUAAAUAUGUUCACACCUGAGAGAUUUGCAUUUUUGUGUUAUAAGAUACAAGAGGAAGUGCACGUUCCAGAAUGAAACAUAGAACAACAACAACUUGGAUCUGAUAUGAGACCUUGGCAUGUGACACAAUUGUAAAAUUUCACAUUGUGACAUGACUUGAGGGAUGAUUAUAGUCAUUCUAGUAUUAAAAAUGUUUCUUCUUGCACCA